AUGAAAGCCUCAAAACCUCUAACGAUCGUCAUAAAACUAGGAACAAGUUCCAUUGUGGAUGAGAAUACUCACGAACCAUUACUGAGCAUCCUAAGUUUGAUUGUGGAAACUGCUGUGAAGCUACACAAGGAAGGACACAAAGUGAUCAUCGUGUCCUCGGGCGCCAUUGGAGUUGGACUGCGACGAAUGGAUUUGGACAAGAGACCCAAACAUCUUCCUCGAGUACAAGCGUUGGCGGCAAUAGGGCAGUGUCGUCUCAUAAGUCUAUGGGAUAGCUUGUUUGCGCACUUACAGCAACCUGUUGCUCAGAUUUUACUUACGAGAAAUGAUAUUGCUGAUCGAACGCAAUAUCGAAAUGCUCAAAAUACAUUACACGAGCUCCUAGAAAUGGGGGUAAUCCCUAUCGUUAACGAGAACGAUACCCUGGCUGUCGCCGAGAUCAAAUUCGGGGACAAUGAUACCCUAUCUGCAAUUACUGCUGCGAUGCUUCAUGCAGACUACCUAUUUCUAAUGACCGAUGUCGAUUGUCUUUAUGACAAAAAUCCUCGGACACAUCCAGAUGCAAAGGCAAUUGAGGUAGUAGAAGACAUCUCCGCAUUACAAGUCGAUGUAUCAAGCGCCGGAUCCAGCCUAGGCACCGGAGGAAUGUCCACCAAAAUAGUAGCCGCACGCCUCGCCACCUCCGCCGGCGUAACCACCGUCAUAACACGGUCCUCCAACCCCGGCAACAUCACCAACAUAGUACGCUACGUACAAUCUCUCAAAAGCUCAUCCUCGAGCGGGAACCAAGAAGCCAUCGCUUCCCCAUCACCAAAAACACCCACCAGAACCUCCUCCACACAAUCUCUCACAGCACUCACCUCACCACCCCCCGAAGCCACAGCCCCCCUCCACACUCGCUUCCUUGCCUCCCACCCCCCCAUCCGUGACCGCUACUUCUGGCUCUUACACGGCCUCUCUCCCCACGGCACCAUCUACAUAGAUUCUGGCGCCUACCGGGCCCUAACCGCCAAAGCGGGUCUUUUACCCGUCGGCAUCGUCGAUGUUGAAGGCAGCUUUGCACAACAGGAAGCUGUGCGACUUGUCGUUGUCGAUCGACCAACUGGGUCUGAUACCAAGAUUGUCGAGGGAGCGGGUGUUGAGGUUGGGAGAGCGCUGGUUAAUUAUAGUGCGAUGGAAAUUGCAAGGAUUAAGGGGUUGAGGAGUGCGGAGAUUUAUGGGUUGUUGGGGUAUGCCGAUAGUGAGUAUGUGGCGUUGAGGGAGAAUAUAAGUUUUUUUGAGAGGGGGGGUGGGAGUGGAGGUGGGAGUGGGGGGAUAACACCGGUGCUUGGUUGA